AUGACGGAUUUACAACCACCAUCAUAUUCAUUACAGAAUUCGUUCAUAUCUACAUUAGAUCAUUUACCAUGUGAUAUAAUACGUUCUUUAUGGUUAAUACAAUCAUGCAAUAUUAAAAUUGAUGGAGCAAAACAAGAUUUACAAAGUAUCAUUAAUUCAUACCUGGAAACUAAACAAAUUUCAAAUGAACAAUUACAAAACAUCGUUAGACUUAAAGAGGUUAUAAAUUAUCUAACUAGUGAAACAAUACAAGAAUUAAAAGCUUUGAAUAAUCAAUUAAUAACUCAUAAAUUAAGUUUAACUGAGGAAAUUAAUCAAUUAAAUCAAAUAAAUUGUAAAAAGGAAACAAAUAUUCAACAAAACCAAGAAGCGUUGAGAAAACAGUUGAAACGACAUUAUAAAGAACAUCCAUUACGAUCACAAAGAGAAGCAAUUGAAGAACAAAAAGAAAUCGCGAAGAAAAAAGAUACAACUACAGACGGAAGUAAACUGGGUAUAAAAUUGAUAUUGAAAUUACCGAAAAAUGAUACUGUAAUAAAACCAAAACAUCAAAUAGUUAAAAAGGAUGAAAAAGUAAAGAAAAAAGUAGUUACAAAAAAGAAGAAACCUAUUAAGGUGCAAAAAGUGGUUGAAGUUGAAGUUGAAGACGAAGAGAGUGACGAAGAUGAAGACAACUCACCUUAUUGUUUCUGUAAUCAACCUUCAUUUGGAGAUAUGAUAGCUUGUGAUAAUGAAGAAAGUUGUCCUAAUGGUGAAUGGUUUCAUUAUAAAUGUGUUGGAUUACUCAAUCGUGUUGAAGCGUUGAAAUAUACAACUGGUAAAACUAAAUGGUUUUGCUCUCCAGAAUGUCAGAAAAUUGUGGAAGAAAAAGGUACAACUCUAAAGGAAAAGAAACGAAGAAAACGUAGAAGAAAGUGGUAA